AUGAGAUUCUUUAUCUUCAGCCUUAAUCUUACCAUCGUAGCAGUAAUAAUAUUUGCUGCGACUGCCGAUUCUCGGUCAUUCCACCAAUCCAGGCUGUCAAUCAUUGGCAGAAGAGAUACAGUACCAGAGCACACUGGCUAUCAAUGUGCCUCAACAAAGUACGAGAUGUAUGAAAUCUUGGACGCCAUAAGAAUUGCUUGUCCAAAUCCAAAGCCGAGCAAUAACUUUUGGUACUCCUAUCUGGACUGCGACUUUCCGAAGAUAUUUCCUGAAGCGCAGAAGCUUGGGUUUCCCAGGAAUACCCUGAUGGCACCAAUACGAGGGUCAUUUUUCGAAUCUUUGAAAUUCCAUUAUGUCCUAUUUGAGCCGUCGACUUGCAAGCUUCGGGGUCUCGUUCGGCAAAAAGACAAGAAGAAGGACGGUGUUUUCCAGCUUUGUCGCUAUAAGAAGUGGGGUCCAACUUGGCAGGAUGUGUAA